GUGCUGCAAGGGGCGGGGGUCGCUCUUCGUCUGAAUUUGGUCUGACAGCAGCCGGUUCAGGGCCCCCUCAGUGACAUGGCUAGCUGGGGCUUUAGGAGACCAGUGAUCUCUCAGCCACCCCCCCCCCCCCCCCGGGCAGAGUGCAAUUCUGAUCAGCCUUGCCGUGCUGCCCCUGGGGAUCCCUGUGUGUAGGGAGAGAGCAUGCCGGAGUCAGGAGGAUUCUCCCACGGUUUUAUGUUGCUCUGCCCCACUCCUGUGGGAAGUAUUUGUUCACAUAGGCUGAUGUGAUAAGGCCACCCAGCUACAUGCCCAUGGAAAAUACCUAAACCCUUUCUAUAAUGUAAGCUUUCCUUGGCAAGUGGAUUGUGUGCACACAUGUACACCUGGGCUGUAGAAGAAGGUCACUGUUGGCAGCCUGCUCCAGGACCAUGGGACUGAGAGGGUGGAGACGUGUCCUAGUUCAUGCUCUGCCACUGAUCUCUGUAUAAUUUAGGGCAAGUCGCUUCAUUUUUCUGUUUCCCUUCCCAUCAGCGCUUAAUUUUUGCCAGGGCUGAGCCCCAGCACUUCUGGGCUUGCAGCAGAAGUUAUGAAUGUAAAAAAAAUUGCUUGAGCCCUGGCACCUCUUGCAUUACAAAUUAAGUGCUGGUUCACACCCUUUUCCUGUCUUCUCUAGUUAGCCUGUAACUCUCUGGGGAAGGGAACAUUCUUGCUGUGUGUGGGUCCAGCACCAUUGUGUUGUACAAAAUCUAAUCUUGACAGAUGUAUAAAUAUAUAAAUAUAAAUAUAAAUAAAUAAUCUCUGGAAUUAUUAUAAUUAGUGACAGAUUGAGCCCAGAUCAGACCUCUAGAUCUGGCCAGUCCUGAAUGUUGGGAGUCGAUUUUUAAAAUCCAAACCCAGAUUCAAAUUUUGCAAAUGGCCCCAUCUUUAUAAAUAGUAGAUUCAAAGCACUGCAGACUUUGUGAUAUUUGCAGCCCUGAUCUGUAUCUGAAAUUUGCAUCAGGAGCUCAUCUCCGAGUAUAAUCUUUGACUUGGAAUCUUGAAUGUUUUCUCCCAUCUGCUGUGGCCUUGUCUUUCCAAAUCUCCAGUGCAGAAAUGGACAGCACCGGUCAAAACAAUCUGAAACGGAAUAAGUCUGAGAAGAAAUUAUUGAGGAAACAGAUCAAGGCCAGAAACACUUUAAUGAGGCAUGAGGGCAUCGAGUGUGUAUCUCACACCUCAAAGAGCUUGGUCGUUGCCAAUGGAGGUCUGGGUAAUGGUGUGAAUAGACACCAACUGCUCAGGCUAGUAGAGGAAUGUGGAUUGGUGGAAGCACUCUUAAUGCCUCCAAAUAAACCAUAUUCAUUUGUGAAAUAUGGGUCGACAGAAGAAGCCAAGAAAGCUUACGACACUCUCAAUGGGAAAGAGAUAACACUGGAGGACUCCGACCAAAAUGUUACUCUGUAUGUUAACUUUGUGGAAAAAGUGCAAUGGGAGGACAUUAUACCUAUUAGCUUGCCUCCAGGCCUGGUGAUGAUUGAAGAGCUUGUGUCUCCUGAAGAAGAACAAAAGAUGUUGGAAAGUAUUGAUUGGACAGAAAAUGAAGUCAAUCAAAAUGCCCAGAAGUCUUUAAAACACAGAAGGGUAAAGCAUUUUGGAUACGAGUUUCGAUAUAAUAACAACAAUGUAGAUAAAGAUAAACCAUUGCCUGGAGGGCUCCCAGGAAUUUGCAGCAUGCUUCUGGAGAAGUGCUUGAAGCAGGGAUACAUCAAACAUAAACCCGAUCAGUUAACAAUAAACCAGUAUGAACCUGGACAAGGAAUUCCUCCUCAUAUUGAUACUCAUUCUGCUUUUGAGGAUGAAAUAAUCUCUCUCAGUUUAGGAACUGAGAUUGUGAUGGAUUUUAAGCACCCAGAUGGCCGUACAGUGGCGGUUAUGCUUCCUCAACGGAGUUUGCUGGUGAUGACUGGAGAAUCCAGGUAUCUGUGGACUCAUGGGAUCACGCCUCGAAAGUUUGAUAUUGUUCAUGCAUCUGAGCGACAGAAAGUUGGAUCAGUCACUCCUAAUGUUGGAGAUUUGACAUUGAACAGGAGGGGAACAAGGACAUCGUUUACUUUUAGGAAAGUGAGGAGAAUCCCUUGCAAUUGCACUUACCCUUCUGUAUGUGACAGUCAGCAAGGCCAUCAAAGAGAGGAAGCACCCUCAUUCCAUGACAGUGAGACAGAGGCCCCAAAGCUGGAACAAGAGUAUGUACACAAGGUGUAUGAAGAGAUCGCAACACACUUCAGCAGCACCAGGCAUAGUCCGUGGCCCCAAAUUGUUGAGUUUCUUAGGACUUUACCAGAAGGCUCUAUCGUGGCUGACGUAGGUUGUGGAAAUGGGAAGUAUCUCGGAAUCAACAAGGACUUGUACAUGAUUGGCUGUGAUCGUAGCCAAAACCUGGUGGACAUCUGUGGAGAAAAGAAAUUCCAGGCAUUUGUUGGUGACGCAUUGUCUGUGCCAGUUCGAAAUAGUUCUUGUGAUGCCUGCAUCUCCAUCGCUGUAAUCCACCAUUUUUCCACAGCAGAAAGAAGACUGGCUGCUGUCUGUGAAUUAGCCCGGCUCCUAAGACCUGGCGGAAAGGCACUCAUUUAUGUCUGGGCAAUGGAACAAGAAUACAACAAACAGAAGUCAAAGUACCUUAAGGAAAAGAGAGCUAGUAAGGGGAAAGAAGAGGAAAUCAAUACUGAUGUGGCCUGGGGAUUGUUCUGUGACCAAACGCAUGACAACGCUAGCCAAGACUCAACGUGCUCUGACCAAAUCCUUAAUGACUCUAAGGAUAAAGGUGGCAACGCAAAGCAGGUAAUUAACUCCAAGCUGCCUGUUCAUACUAACAGAACUUCCUUUCAUUCUCAAGAUGUGCUGGUUCCCUGGCACCUAAAAGGGGGCACCAACAAGAAAGGGGAAUGUGCCAAAGCCCUUCAGCUUCCAGUUGGUUCUAAGGAAUUGCAAAAAUUCAGUCCUGUUUUCCACCGCUAUUAUCAUGUGUUCUGUGAAGGAGAACUGGAAGCAGCCUGCAAAACCCUGGAUUGCAUAAGAAUUCAAAAGAGUUACUAUGAUCAGGGAAACUGGUGUGUGGUUCUUGAAAAACAGUAACACGCUGAAAGAGACGCUAUUUUCAGCCUAAAUCUUUGCCUGUGGUAAUAGUGUGCAGAGGACAUUUUAAAAUCCAUCCUGCAGUUGUUACUGCCUUUAAAAUUGUUCAAUAAACACAGUUAUUUUAAGACAUUAGCCAAAGUUA